AUAGUGACAGGCUUUGCUUUCUUUCAAUUUCCUGCUUCCUGUAACUGAAGCUGUUUAUGAGAGACAGUAUAGUUCAGGGAGGUUGUGCUAGAAUUAACUUUUCUCAGAGUUAGACUCUCUGGUCUUAGAGUGUUCUUCCUCUUCUUCGAGAUAAAGUUUCAAUUCCUGCACUUUCAGUUACUCCGUGUCAGCUGGGUUCCAGAAGCAGAUGGUCCUCCUUCUGACGAAUCCUAAGGUCAGUAGUAGCAUAGCUCUACAUCACAGUGCUCCAUCAUCCAUCUCACGUCUUCUUAUCUAGUAGGCAUCUUAUCAUCUCACAUCAUCACAAGAAGGGAAUCUUAUGGGGAAGUGGUGCUAGCCCCAUUUAGAGAUGAGGAAGAUACCAUUCGUUUCAGAAAGCCUGAGCUGCCUGUUGAAGGUGACACAGAGUGAGUGGCAGGGCUAAGACACAAAUUCAAGGCUUUCUUCCUUCGAAGCUCUUGGCAGUUUCUUGCUCCCAGGUUGCCUUCUGGCACUUAUGACCUCGCUGAGGAGACAGGAGAAUAUACAGCUAACUGUACCUCGGCCUUGAAGGGGCUCUUUUAUUGAGAAUCGAUGUCUUCUCCUAGGUAAUUGAUCACCGUAGACCCAGGGACACUUGACUCAUCUUCAAGGGAGGGUAAUAGUCAUGAAUAAUCAAAAAGCUGUAGCUACACUACUGCAGGAGUGCAAGCAAGUGCUGGACCGACUCCUGUUGGAGGCGUCAGAUGCAUCAGAGGAGGAGAAGAGCGAGGAUCAGUGGUGGAGAGCUUCACUCUCCGACGAGUUAAGGACCUUGAUCCAGGAGGCAAAGGAAAUGAAGUGGCCCUUCGUGCCUGAAAAGUGGCAGUACAAACAAGCCGUGGGCGCAGAGGACAAAACAAACCUUCAGGAUGCAAUCGGCGCCGGACUGCAGCAGUUGCUGAAAAACACCGAGGAGACCGCGCGCGGCCCCAAGCCCGCCUUCUCCCACCGGCUCGCGGCUGUCCCCGUGUCCCCGCAGGCGUCCCUGGAGGCCUGCGUCCGCGCGCGGGACUGCCGCACCGCCGCGGCCAUCGUGUUCCUGAGCGACCGGCUCCUGUACGGGCUCGACGUGUCCGGCCACCUCCUGCAGGUCGCCAAAGGGCUCCACAGGCUGCAGCCAGCAACGCCGAUCGCGCCCCAGGUGGUGAUCCGCCAGGCGCGGAUCUCCGUCAACUCAGGAAAACUUUUAAAAGCAGAGUACAUCCUGAGCAGUCUAAUAAGCAACAGCGGAGCAACAGGUACCUGGCUGUACAGAAGUGAAAGUGACAAGAUCCUGGUGCAGUCGGUCUGCAUACAGAUCAGAGGGCAGAUUCUGCAAAAGCUGGGGAUGUGGUACGAAGCAGCAGAGUUAAUAUGGGCCUCGAUCAUCGGAUAUUUAACACUGCCUCAGCCAGAUAAAAAGGGAAUUGCUUCGUCGCUAGGUAUACUGGCAGACAUCUUUGUUUCCAUGAGCAAGAAAGAUUAUGAGAAGUUUAAACAGAAUCUGCAAGUGAACUUGGGCUUGCCAAAGGAGUUUGAGCACCAUUUGCUGUCAGCCGCAGAAGCGUGCAAGCUGGCAGCUGCCUUGAGUCCCUACACGCCCCUCUACGUGCUCACAGCUAUGAAUAUCCGAGGCACAUGCUUGUUGUCAUAUGGUAGUUCUAAUGACUGUCCUCUGGAGAUGAAGACUUCCUAUCUGUAUGAAGCCAAACAGGCCUUUGAAAUUGGCCUUCUCACCACGAGAGAUGAGAAACCAGUUACUGGAAAACAGGAGCUUCACAGUUUCCUCAAAGCUGCCUUCGGUCUCACCACAGUACACCAAAGACUCUGUGGGGAGAUGGGGAUGGUCCAUGAAGCAAGUCAGCUCUGCAGUGAAGCUAUGGGAAAGCUGUAUACUUUCAGUACAUCCUCCGGAAGUCAGGAGAGAAGAACUCUGUCUCAAGAAAUCAUGUCUAUUAUCACCCAGGUGAAGGAUCAUUUCCAAGUUCAAAGCUUCUCAAAUUUAGAUGACAAGUCUUACGUUCCAGAGGAUUUCAAAUGUAAUUUGGAUGAACUCAUUUUGCAUGAGCAAAUGGAUUUCCAAAAAAUCCUUGAAACCUAUUCUCAGCAUCAUACUUCAGUGUGUGAAGUAUUUGAAAGCACUUGUGGAAACAACAAAAAUAAACAGGAAGAUACAAAAACAAGAGUCUGUAUCACUGCUCUAAAAACAGAAACAAAAGCCAUAGAUACUGUGAGUACUACCGAGGACAAACCACAUUUUCAAAGAGGCACGGUAACCUCCUCCUCCCAAAAGGCUAAGAAUGAUCAGGAGAAACUCAAAGGAGUAGGAAGGAGAAACUGGACUCAUUCACAUGCAUUUCGGGUCUCUUUUGAUCAAGGAGUGGAGACUGAGACGGAGUCACCAGACCACAGCAACAGUCAGGAAGAUGUUUGGAACAAGUCUCUGAGUGACAGCCAGAGCUCCAGUUCCUGGAGCAAGUUAUCAGGGUUUAGUUCUUCCACAAACUGGGAAGACUUGAAUUUUGAUGUUGAUGAUAGGCCAACCAGAAAAGAACAUAGCAAAGAAGAACAUCUUCUGGACACUCAGUGUUCCACUGCCCUCUCUGAAGAGCUGGGGCUCACUGGGAAAAGCAGAUCUAUACAUUCUUUGUCUUCAGAACUUUAUGAUCUCUCUGUCCAGGUAUUGAAGGAUGAUGAUUUAGAGUCUUCUCAAAGUCAACUACACAAGCACCUGCCCUUGACAACCUUCCCUCCUCAUAACACAACAGGCACUUUCUUGACCUCUGAUGCAAGGCUGUUAGAAGGAUCUCCAGAAGGUUUGCAGGAAGUCAGAAAUAUGGGCUCCAGAAACACUUUUGCUCAUUUCAGACCUUCACUUGGCUCUGCUUCUUGGUCUUCGUCUGAUUCUGGUUGGACCAAGAACAUGGCCACAUAUCCUUCAGUCCAAGGAGAAGAAACCUUUGAAAUCAUUGAUGAGUUUCCAGAAAUCAACUGUAAUGCCAAAGACAGGCAUAGAGAAGAGAAGGGAGAAGAAAUCAAAAGAGUUACAGUCCUGAUACCAAAAUAUAGUUCCUCCUGGGUUGACCCAGAAGAAACAGCAGAAGGAACAGAGGAUGUGCCCUUAGACUCUCGAAUAGUCAUGGACGAUUCUCUGGGGAAAAGUUCCAUGAUGACACAUAGCUCUUUCACUCCUCACUGGCCUCUUCGAAAUCCUGACUCAGGAAAAAGCAGUGGCUCUGUCAAAGAGCAGGGCAUCGACCCCGACGCCUCCACAGUGGAUGAAGAGGGUCCACUGCCCGGCAGCUUGGACGUUCACCCGGCAAGUAAACAUGAUCAGGGGUCUGACACCCCCAGCUCCUCUGUAAGCAGUAACAUUCCCUUCCCUGUCCUCAACGAGGACUGUGCUACCACAGAAGAGGGAAAUUAUCCUGGAUUCUUGCUGAACUGCAGCCAGAACUCCAGCUCGUCCUCCAUGUGGUGGUUGGAAUCACCUGCAUUUUCCAGAGGUUCUUCUGAAGGGGACAGCCCAUGGUCCUUUCUGAAUUCCAGUGGAAGCUCUUUUGUUUCAUUGCCUGGAAUGACGAGGCAAGAGAUCCUUGAGGCUCGCACCCUGCAGCCUGAUGACUUUGAAAAACUCUUGGCAGGAGUGAGGCAUGAUUGGCUGUUUCAGAGACUGCAGAACACAGGAGUUUUUAAGCCCAGUCAACUCCACCGAGUAUAUAAUGCUCUUUUGUUAAAAUAUUCUAAGAAAUCUGAACUGUGGACAGCCCAGGAAACGACUGCGUAUUUGGGGGACUACCUGAAUGUGAAGAAGAAAGGCAGACAAAGAAAUGCUUUUUGGGUUCAUCAUCUUCAUCAAGAAGAAAUUCUGGGGAGAUAUGUUGGGAAAGAAUAUAAGGAGCAGAAGGGUCUCUUGCACCACUUCAUCGAUGUAGAGAGGCAAAUGACCGCCCAACACUAUGUGACAGAAUUUAACAAGAGACUUUAUGAACAAAAGAUUCCAACACAGAUAUUCUACAUCCCAUCCACAAUAUUACUGAUCUUGGAGGGCAAGACAAUAAAGGGAUGUGUCAGUGUGGAACCUUACAUGCUGGGAGAAUUUGUAAAAUUAUCGAAUAACAAGAAAGUGGUGAAAACAGAAUACAAAGCCACAGACUACGGCUUGGCUUAUGGCCAUUUUUCUUAUGAAUUUUCUAAUCAUAGAGAUGUUGUGGUCGAUUUACAAGGUUGGGUGACUGGUAAUGGAAAAGGGGUCAUAUACCUAACUGAUCCCCAGAUUCACUCUGUUGAUCAGAAAGAUGUCCCUACCAAUUUCGGAAAGAGAGGAAUUUUCUACUUCUUUAAUAACCAGCAUGUGGAAUGUAAUGAAAUAUGCCAUCGUCUUUCUUUGACAAGACCUUCAGCUGAGAAACUGAAAGAGUCAUAGACUACCGGGAGUGGUUUUGCGGUAGCCUUAGUGUUGCUCAAUGUCAGGUUCUCAUGCCUUCCAGGCACAAAUUUGGCACCACCUGGUCCCCUUGGGCUUAGGUGGGGCCAUAGGACUGGUUCUGGCCCAUGAUGUGUGAGAGGAACUGAUGAGUACCAAUUUCAGGCUCAUGUUUAGCUGCCAGUGCAGGGCCUUACAGAGUCUCUUUCCCUCUGCCACAAUGACCCAGGAAACAUCCGGUGAUGGCCCCUUACCAGCGAGAGUCCUGCAGUGAGGGCAACAUGGGGAAAAGCCCCCACUGACCCAUGAUGGACACAAAGCACAGAUGAGAAGAAACUUUUGUGGUUUAAGCCAUUGAGAAUUUGGAGCUUUUUGUACUAUCAAAACCAAUACUAUUGGUGUUUUUCUUAUUGAUUUAGGAGUUCCUUAUAUAUAUUAAAGAAUUCAGGACUUUG